UAUAUAAAGCAAGAAUUUUUAGAAGGUGCAAAACCUGUUCUGCAAGAAGUUGGGCCAUACUGCUAUAGAGAGCACUGGGAGAAAGUAAAUGUUGGAUUUCACAACAAUGGAACAGUGUCCUAUGAGACUCAAAAGCACUACUACUUUGAAAGAAGUCAUUCCACAGGAUCUGAAGAUGAUGUGAUAGUCACUCUGAAUAUUCCUAUGCUAGCUGCAGUGUCCCAGGUCCGGUUCAAACCAAGGCUAGCUCAGUUAGCCAUAGACUCCUUACUCACUGUUCUCAAAGAGGAACCCAUUGUGGCUCAUACAGUUGGGGAAUUUAUGUGGGGUUAUGAUGACCCUCUGCUCAAAAUUGCCAAGAAUCUUCUGCCUCCAGAGGAACGUAUGCCUUUUGAUAAGUUUGGAUUCUUUAUUAAUCGAAAUGGCUCUACUGACGGGGUAUUUAAUGUCUUCACCGGAGAGGGAGAUAUCACUAGAUAUACAACUAUCAAUACAUUCAACCACAAGAAAUAUCUUGAUUUUUGGAAGACAGAAGAAUGUAACAUGAUAAAUGGCACAGAUGGUUCAUCAUUUCCUCCUGGUGUGACAGAGGACUCUGUUCUUUAUAUGUUUAAUGAAAAUCUGUGUCGUUCCAUCCCUCUUACUUUCUGGCACAACAAGGAGACCUUUGGAAUGAAAGCACUAAGGUUCUCUCCCCCACGAAAUAUCUUUGAUGUCACACCAGAGAAUGACUGCUAUUGUGUAGGAGGUCCACCAUGCCUUGGAGGAGGGGUUUUUAACAUCAGUACUUGCAAAUUUGGGUCACCUACUGUUAUUUCAUGGCCACAUUUCUACCAGGCAGACAGAAAGUACAGGGAAGCUGUUGUUGGAUUGAAGCCAGACCCAGAGAAGCAUGCAAUGUACAUUGAUGUGUCACCCAGAACAGGAUCACCACUCAGUGCUGAGGCUCGCUUGCAAAUUAAUGUAGCUGUUCCUCAUGUUCCUGUGAUCAAACCAGCAGCAAUGCUUCGAGAGAUGAUAUUCCCAAUUGUUUGGUUUGAAGAUGGAGUGACAGAACUUCCCAGUGAAAUUGUAGAGUUAUUACAGGUUGCAGAAAAUGUACCAGAGGUGACAAAAUCCAGCCUGUUAGUAGCCUUCUUUGUCCUUGGAGGUGUUUUGGUUUUGGGAGUAAGUGUGUCUUUGCUUGCUGAGCACUUUGACUUACCUUUACCAUUCUUGAAUCCUAACUAUAGUACUAGCGAAAGUGCCAUAGACAAGGCAAGUGAUCGACCACAGGGUAAUUCUCCCAAGAGAGAGCUCUCUGGCCAUUCAAACCCUGCCAUGACAGACGACGGGGAUAAAGAUGCAGCAUGACGCCUUUGGACAGUCCCACACACAAGCAACAGCAACAACUGUUUGAGAAGUAGUUAUUACCCAAGUAGAUAUUACUGUACAGGCUAUCCUACUUGUACUCCUUCUUUAGAUCUCUGUAGUCAGCACAGGAUGUUUUGGCCUGUAAGUGCUGGAGUAGCCUCUUAUUGGUCAACUUGGCAGGAAGCCUACCCAAUGUAUCUCUAUAAUGUGCAAACCAAUUCAUCCCCUCAUCAUUCUCAAAACUUUAGGCUUAAUGCAUACAAUCACCCUUAUUCAGCUACACAUAUGUAUAAUAGAACUACAAAUAGAUUUUAUUCAGAGAGGUAGAUGUAUUGGUAGCUUUGUGAAAGGAAAUUUUUCUUCCAGGUGUAGAUUUUAUUAUACAUAAUUCAAACAUCUUUUUGGAUUCUAGUGAUUCUUGGAAAAAGUAUUUGAAAUGAUUGUGAUUGUACUCACAUUUACACACACACACACACACACACACACACACACACACACACACACACACACACACAUAUAUUAUACAUAAACAUGCACAUUUAGCUUUAAGAUAAUUGGACAAUCAGGUGGUUGAAUCCUAGGAUUAGAAGGUCUUCAGAGUUGCAAAUGUUUUAGAGAGAGUAUAAAGUGCUUUAUCAUGUAACUCAUCCUUAAGAGUUUAAUGUAGCAGUUUAGCUAAUACUUCCCACUGUUAAGGAUUCAUAUAAUUUCAUCAAGUAAUGACAUGCCGGUAUAAUGAUUUGGUAAUUCUGAUUAAUUGAUUUGAUCAUAUACCUUCUAAAGUGGUAAUAAUUUUUAAUGUGAGGUACUUCAGAAGGAGAGUAUUAACUGAAGCUUCCAGGUAAAUAGGUCUUCCUAAUAAUCUUAAGUAUAUAUUUUUUCUAUAGAGUUGUAGAUUAAUUAAAAAAAACAAAAUGGGAUGUGCAAUUCUGUCUUCGAUUGUAGACAAAUAAGGCAGUGGUAGUAGAAUUUGAUCUUUUGGUUACCUCUUCCCAUUUGUCCAGACCAUCUUUUUGCCCAAUUAUAUACAUAUAUUUUUUUAUUUGAGGUAUUCAGUAAACUUAACAUCUGAUUAAGUUUUCACUUAAUUAGAUUUCAGGAAUCUUCAUUAUCAAUCAUAUAUCAAACCAAGCGUGAACAUUUAAGGCACUGGGUCUAUUAUGUGCAUCUUCUCAAUAUUGCUGUUUUCCUUUAUUAUAAACAUAUUUAUUUCUUUAGUAUAUAUUGCACAAGAUAAAGGAGGAUUUUUCUUCUUUGGUUCAUCUCUUCUUUUUUUCUUUUUCUUUUUUCCUUUUUUUAGAAUCUCAUAAAUUGUUACUCUAUGAAUUCUUAUAACAGAUAUCUUGCUUCGCAUAUUUGUUAUAUAAUUUUCUCUGUACAGUUGUUAUAUACUUGAAAAAAGUUCAUCACAUUAGAGAGGAAUUUUCUAGAACAUCAUUAAAAUAUGAUAGAACUGUGGGACUGUCCAUACUUUGGUUGAUAAUCACAAACAAUAAUAUUAGGGCUGUUUGGAGAGAAUUAGAAGCGUGCACAAACUGUGGUAGAAAUGUGUGUUUGUGUGUGUGCGUGUGUGUGUGUGUGUGUGUGCAUGUGUGUGUGUGUGUGCGUGCGUGAAGUAGCUAGUUAGGCAAGUGCCUUAUAGGAACAUUUUUUUAAACUGUUAAGUCAGUGUUGUUUUACAUGGGUAUGCUUGUUAUUUGUGAUAUUAAAGGUAAUAUGUCUGUUGUUAAGGUUGAUUGGUGUUUCCUUAUAUUUUAUGUGAAAGAGAGUGCACAAAAGUAGCCAAUGUUUUUGUGCAAUAGAUGCCUAUAUUCUGCCAAUUUUCCAAUUUUAUCUUCAUUAUAGAUGAAAUGACUGUGAUUUUUGUUGAUGUUUUAAUUGAUCUGAAGAUUUUUUUUUCAAUCUCCUGAUGCAAUUUUGAUUUUGAUUUUUUUUUUUUUUUAGAAAAGUUAUAUUUUUAUUAUUUAGUGCAUAAUUGUAAGACAGUCUUUUCCCCAUAUACUGUAUAUAUAGUUAUGCAUAUAGUACAUUCCAGUACUUGAUAGAAGAUUGAUAUUCCAAAUAUGUGUUGUGUUCUCUACUCAUUCAGUGAUUGCAUCAGUCACUGAGUACCUGGUUGUCUUCCAUAAGGAACAUGAUAGGUAACUACAAAGGAAUAUGGUAAUGAGCUAAACUGGUUGUGAAAGUAAUAUGUAUUUUUAUUGUGCAGUGUGAAUGAGGAUAUGAGCAUCUGCUCUUUAUUUCCAAUUGUUUAAGUUGAAAUGGCCAUUUAAUUGAAAUGUUAUUAAGGUUUGAAAAAUUAAUCCAUGUCGGCAUGAUGCUGAAGAUAAUGUUUUAAUAUUCAAAUAAUGCCUUUUCAUUUUUCAAAAAAAAAAAAAAAAAAAAAAAUGAAGGUUUAAUAUACAUGGAUAUGAAAUCUCAAAACAUUAGAAAGGUUUUGCAUCACAAUUAAUGUUAUCAUAUAUAGUUUAUUUGUAUUUAAGCUCAACUUUUUAAAUAAAUCAAUACUAUACUGUAUAUUGUGUUUAAAGAUGUGGCAUAAAUAUUCUGUAAGAUGAGACUUGAGUUCUUGUCUUAUGCAAACAAGGAUUAAAUGGAGAUCAUGUAUUUUAAAUGAACAAAUUUUUAUUCCAUAUUGAUUCUUAAUUUAUAAGGUAAAAAACAUAUUUUUCAAUUUUGAUAUGUAAAUAAAGCUGAAUAGUAUUUGUGAAUACAUUUUGAUGGUUGUUUUUUCAACUUUAUUUUUGUAUGACAAGACUGUUUUAAUGUGUACUUUUGUGCCUCUAUGAUUGCACACAUGAUAAUGACCAUGAAAUAUAUAAUGUCUUUUUUCACUUUUCAAUAAAGGAUUUACCUUUAA